AAUGUGAGAAAUUGCAUUGUAUGUUCAACCUACCAUUGUGAAUUGUGAUCUUCAGUCAAAAGGAGUUAGGGGAAUUAGAGUCAUGGAAGAAAGUCUCAUAUUGAGGGAUCCUCUACUACCCCAACAACAAGAAACAGCAACACCAUCUUCUCUAAUCACUUAUCUAUAUAUUGGCCACUUUUUAGCUAGAUGGGGUGCCAGAAUGUGGGAAUUCUCUGUUGGUUUAUAUAUGAUCAAUAUCUGGCCAGAUUCAUUGCUCUAUGCAGCCAUAUAUGGUGCUGUUGAAUCUGCUUCCACUGCAGUGUUUGGUCCCUUAAUUGGAACAUGGAUUGAUAAGUUCACUUAUGUGAAGGUUUUGCGAUUGUGGUUGGUGACACAGAAUCUAUCUUUCGUUAUUGCCGGGGUCACUGUUGUUAACUUACUUAUCUACUCAUCUUUGAAGUUCACUAAUUUCUCAGCUUUCAUAUUGCUGGUGAUGGUAACCAAUAUCUGCGGCGGCAUUGGAGUACUUUCAACUCUUGCUGGCACCAUCUUGAUUGAAAGAGAAUGGUUGUUAGUUAUAUCCGAAGGUCAACCCCCGGAAUUGCUGACAAAGAUGAACUCGGUUACCAGACGCAUUGAUCUAUGCUGCAAGCUUCUUGCUCCUGUUAUAACUGGCUUCAUAAUAAGCUUUGUAUCCCUUAAAGCAUCUGCUAUAACUUUAGCACUCUGGAAUACAGUUUCUGUUUGGGUAGAGUAUUGGCUUUUUACUUCUGUGUAUAAUGGGAUUCUAGCUUUGGGCCAAAGUAGCCAGAGGAGGAUGACAAGGCUUACACAAAGUGAUCAAGAAAGGAACAAUUCAACUUCAGAAGGGGACAGCUUGGUUUCUGGUACUGGUGGUAACUCAGAAUUGACAGAAAGAGAAACAAGGAAAACAAAAUUUGAGUGGAUUUUAGAGAACCCUUAUGUUGAUGCAUGGAAAGUUUAUUUACAGCAACAAGUUGUUCUACCUGGACUAGCUCUGGCUUUGCUAUUUUUCACUGUACUCAGCUUUGGAACUUUGAUGACAGCAACCUUAGAAUGGGAAGGCAUACCUGCAUAUGUUAUUGGUAUAGCGCGAGGAAUAAGCGCUGUGAUUGGAAUAGCUGCAACAGUUGUAUAUCCUGUGCUGCAAUCUCACAUAUCAACUAUUAGAACUGGACUUUGGUCUAUAUGGUCUCAGUUGAUUUGCCUCCUCCCUUGUGUAGCUGUAAUCUGGAUAAAAAGUGGCUUUCUAUCAUCUUAUAUUUUGAUGGGAAGUGUUGCCAUAUCUCGGCUUGGACUGUGGAUGUUUGAUUUGUCUGUACUUCAACAAAUGCAGAACCUUGUUCCAGAAUCUGAUCGUUUGAUUGUUGGAGGUGUUCAGAAUUCUCUGCAGUCCUUGAUGGAUUUAUUGGCCUAUGCUAUGGGAAUCAUAAUAUCUGAUCCAAGGGACUUUUGGAAGUUGAUUUUGCUAUCAUUUCUGGCAGUUACAUUAGCUGCAUUCCUCUACUGCAUCCAUGUAUACCGCGUACGGAAGCACAUCUUUCACUUUGACAAACUAUUGAGGUUCAAUUGUUUUGCAAGUGCAUCAUAAGAUGUGAAGGCCAAUUUUUGCAUUAACUUUUGAUACCAUUUGGAGAAACAUCUACAUAGUGAAGAUCUAUGGAGUUAUAGUUUUAGGUGUGCUGGCUAAAAUUGUCUAUAGAGCAUCCUUCUUUUCUUUUCUGCAUAAGAAUAGCCCUCUCAGUAAAUAAUAACCCGGAUUCAUCACAUUAAGUUUUGAAAUAUAAAGAGCAGACUUCUUUGGGGUAA